AACAAGUAAGGCUAGGAAUUCCUUCAACUUUGCCGGUAGCUGUACGACAAUGGUCUGCUUUAAUUGCAGUUAAUUAUGCAGCACGUAAAGCGGGUAUAAAAAAAGUAUCCAAUAUUCAAGACGCACUUAAAAUAUAUCCUGGAUUGAAACUUGUUCAUGUCGCAACAUAUGCGAAUGGUGAUCCAGAACCUAAAUAUCACCCAAAUCCAAGUUAUGGUACACAUAAGGCUUCGUUAGACGUAUAUAGAAAUGCAAGUUUAAGAAUUUUUAAAAUAUUUAUGAGAUAUUGUAAUAUUGUACAACGUGCUGGUGUUGAUGAAGCUUAUCUGGACGUUACAAAUAUCGUUAAUCAAAGAAUAAUAGAAAGAUAUCCAAAUAUUUUAUUAUCUGAAAAUUUAAAUGAAGCUCCUCCUCCUCCUAUUUUAGAUUGGAAUGGAUUAGGAGUGUUGUAUGAAGGUCAAAUAAAUAAUGAUAUUGAGAAUAAUAAACAAAAUUUUAGUUUAGAUCAAUGCUCAAAUAUUAACGAAUCAAAAGGUUGGGAUGAUAUGCAACUUUAUGUUGCAGCAGAAAUAUCAAAAGAAAUUAGGGAAACUAUUUUCAAUGAAUUGGGAUACACAUCUUCUGCAGGAAUUGCACAUAAUAUGACAUUAGCAAAAUUAUGUUCAGCAUUAAAUAAACCAAAUAUGCAGACUAUUCUACGAUCAAAUCAAACAUUAGGUUUUAUGCAAAAUUUGUCUUUUAAAAAAAUUCGUAAACUUGGUGGUAAAUUGGGAGCUAAAGUUGGUAAUAUUUUGAGAAUAGAAACUGCAGGAGAAUUAUGGUGCUAUUCAGUAAGUGAAUUACAAGCAAAAUUUGGGAUGGAAAAUGGUAUUUGGCUUUACAAUAUAUGUAGAGGUGUUGAUGGUGAAGAAGUUGUCCAAAGGAAUAUUUCAAAAUCAAUGAUGGCAGCCAAAUCAUUUAAACCACCAUUAAAAAAUUUCUCACAGAUUGAACAUUGGUGUAAAAUUUUAAGCUCUGAAUUAUAUAAAAGACUUUUAGAUGAUUAUGAAAUAAAUAAUAGAUGGCCAAAAACCCUUGCAAUACAUUAUAAAUGUAUUAAUGAUCCAACACCGCAUUCUAAGUCUUGUCCAUUUCCUAUUCGAUCAGAAGUCAAUUCACCUGACAUGAUUUCUAAAAAACUAUAUGAUCUUUUUGGAAAUUCAGAUAAUUUGUUUCCAUGUUCAGGAUUGUCAGCUUCAGUUGCGGACUCUUUAAUUGGUCAAAAGCUUUCAAUCACUCAAGAAUCACUAAUUAAUCAACGCCCUGUAAUCAACUCAAACAGCACCACACCUAAUGAAUCUUCUAAUUCUCAAAUGCUUUCCAAAAAUGUUCAAUCAUCAUUACCAUCAUUGUCACCUUCUCGGUUGAGAGACAUCAAUGCAAAUAUUAAAAGAUUGAAACAAACUAUAAAAUUAUCAAGAUCUAACUUACAAAAAUCUUCGAAUUUAAGGGAAUCUUCCACUUCAAAUUUGAAAACUACAGGAUCACCCAAGAUGAAGUCCACCACUACUACAAGAUUAAAAUCACCAUUAAAGAAAAUACCAUCCAAUUAUACCAUCCUUCAAUUUUUCACUAGAUUAGAUCCGACAUUAUUUAUCAGAUUAAUAGCAUUACAAUGA